AGCCUCCUGACCCAGCAGCCUAGACUGCCCUUGACCUUGGGCCAUGUACCCCAACCCUCUGGUCUACUGCACCUGUUGGGACCCUUGGAACUUGGGACCACGGAAGCUAAUCAAGACCCCUCAUCCACCAAGCAAGAUCUCCCCCUCCACAGGGAAGUCCAAGCUAGCUCCUCUUUCACCAGCUUCAAAAAAAUGCAACUUCCAAUCAACAUCAAAACGUAUUGCCAUCCCAAAGGUGAAAACCCAUUUAGGAAGACAAGCAGAGAGCAAUGAAUUACCUUAUGAAGUGAUCAAUGUGUCACCUGGCUAUCACCUUGUUCGGAGUAGGGAGCAGAUUUCUGUCACCUUGGGGGACGAGAUGUUCGAUAGGAAAAAGAAGUCGGAAAAGAUGAUGGACAAAGUAGAAAUUUGCAGGACUAAUAUCAUUUCUGACCUAGAAGAGCAUUCAGAGCUGACAGCAAUAAUAGAAGCAAAUGAACAGAGACAACAGAAUGCUCAAAAAUUGCUCUCCAAUGAAAUGAAUCUCCACUGUGCUGAGAUGAAGCAGAACUUCGAAAAAAUGAACAGGAAGCUCAAAGAGGCACAUGCAGCAGAGAUCAGUGAGUUGGAGAAAAACUACAAAGCAGCCUUGAAGACAGAAAUGUUGGCUGCCCAAGAGAAGCUAGAGGAGAUGGGAAAGGAGUAUAAGUAUUUGAAGAAUAUGUUUCAUAUGUAUCAGGACAGCAUUUAUGAUGAAAUGGAAGACAAGUGGUCAAGGCGGAAGGCAGAAUGGGAGAAGGAUGAGAAAUUGGAGCGGGAAAAGAUCCUGUUACAGCAAAAAAACAGGAUGACAAAAAAGUAUGAGUUAGAGUCAGAAGAAGAAAAGAAGAAAUUAAAUGAAUCCUACGGUGCUGUCUUUGAGAACUUCAAUCGAGAAAAGGAGGAGCUCAUGAAACAACAUGAAAGUGACACCUUGAAAUUAGAGGAGCUGAGCAAGACCAAAGAGAUCAUAGAGGAAGAGUUGCAUGCACAAGCUCUUAUCCUAGAAUCACUUAACACGACGCUCUAUCAAACUCAGAUGGAACUCCAGAGAGAGAAAGCUACAGUGGGAAAUCUGGAGAAAAUGCUCCAGACCAAGCUUACUGAGGCAGAAGAACAGUAUAAAUACACCACACAAAUCCUGACAGAAGAAAACAUGUAUCUAAGGCAAAAGAUAAUUGCCAAGAAUGAAGAAAUUUUUGAAGGGCAAUCUGCAAGAUUGACCUCCUUAACUAUUUAUGAGGAUAAUUCUGACGUUUUAGAAGAUGGUUUCUCUGGCAACAAAAGACAAGAAUCAUGAAUAAAAAGUUUUUCUCCAUAACUGAAGAUAGGACCACAAUCUCUGCAGGCCUAGAGAGCUCCUGUGAGGUUUCCUUGGAAAAUGCAUGUGAUAAGCUUAGUUCUUGGUUGCCUGGAUUCUGUUUUUGUCCUUUCAGCUUGCUUUCUUCUAAGCAGUGGGGAAUGUUUGAUGUCUCAUCUCAAUUGCGUGGUUUUUCAUGACUCUUCAUUGAAAAAAAUGAUUCUUUCUAUACCUGGAGCUGAGCUUUCUCUGAUUACUGUACUAUUUAUUUUUUCUUCCACCUUCACAGAUUUUAUUAGAAAGAAACUGAAGUUCUUCCUAUUAAACGUUGACAGUACUUUGAGAUGUACCUUUUUCCCCUCUGGGUAUUUAGUUAGAAGAAAGAUAACUUAUAGAUUUUAUUCCAAAAACAUUCUCUCAUACAUGUGCCCAGCACCUCCACUUUUCACUCAUGUUCCCUAACGUAUGACUUGGGAAGAGUGUCUGAUAAUUCUUGCUACCUUCUCUGAACCAUCACCAGAAUUCAAAUAAGUGGGCUAAACUUCAGGAAAAAUAGUCGCACAAGUACAGUAAUAAAUGGCCAUUGGCGGCAGCCUCGAUCCUUGAUGGAGGGGAUUUGGU